GUGAUGCCUGGUGUGAAUGAAGUACUAAAUCAUAUGAAGGAAUUUUGCCAUCAAAUAAUCGAGGGUCAAUGGACUGGUUAUACUGGAAAGAAGAUUACGGAUGUUGUCAAUAUCGGCAUUGGUGGAUCUGACCUUGGACCUUUGAUGGUUUGUGAAGCUCUGCGUCAUUAUCAAAUCGGACCAAAUGUACAUUUCGUGAGCAACGUGGAUGGAACACACAUAGCAGAGGUUUCGUCGCUUAUUGUGACAAAGAAGCUUAAUCCUGAGACAACGCUGUUCAUCAUCGCGUCAAAAACCUUCACUACUCAAGAAACUAUAACAAAUGCCGAAACUGCGAAGGAAUGGCAAGCUUGCUUCGCUGCUCUUUUUUCACUUUCGGUGACAUUUGUUCAGGCAGGGGAUAAGUCAGCCGUAGCAAAACAUUUCGUCGCGUUGUCAACCAAUGUGCCAAAGGCGCAAGAAUUUGGUAUCGAUCCUUCAAACAUGUUUGAGUUUUGGGAUUGGGUGGGAGGAAGAUAUUCCUUGUGGUCGGCUAUAGGUCUAUCCAUCGCUGUGCACGUCGGUUUCGAAAACUUCGAGAAAUUGCUCGAAGGAGCUCACGCAGCAGAUCAACACUUCGUCAGUCAACCACUUGAUCAAAAUGUAUGUUCCCUUGCGAAACUUCUUGACUUCAUCCUUUCAUUUGAGGUACCGAUCAUCAUGGCGUUGUUAGGCGUUUUGUACGGAAACAUAUAUGGCGCCGAGACCCAUGCAUUACUUCCCUACGAUCAGUACCUGCACCGUUUCGCCGCCUAUUUCCAACAAGGUGAUAUGGAGAGUAAUGGAAAAUUUGUAACAAGGGAAGGAAAUCGUGUGGAUUAUUCCACUGGACCCAUUGUGUGGGGAGAACCAGGUACCAACGGCCAGCAUGCGUUCUAUCAAUUGAUCCAUCAAGGGACUAGACUGAUUCCUUGCGAUUUCAUCGCACCUGCCAAAACGCUUAAUCCAGUUCGUAAUGGGUUGCAUCAUCAAAUUCUUCUCGCGAAUUUCUUAGCUCAAACGGAAGCCCUCAUGAAAGGUAAAAGCCGGGAAGAGGCAGAGGCGGAAUUGAAAGCCGCAAAUACCCCGCCUGAAAGAAUUGAGAAAAUUCUUCCACAUAAGGCACAUUUUAUUCUUGCUAGAAACCGUCCUACAACUUCUAUCGUGCUUCCAGUAGUUAGCCCCUUCACUCUCGGCUUGCUGAUUGCGCUCUACGAACAUAAGAUCUUUGUUCAAGGAGUUAUUUGGGACAUCAACAGUUACGACCAAUGGGGGGUUGAACUGGGAAAACAGUUGGCCAAGGUUAUACAACCAGAGCUUGCUUCUGCCGCCACUAUCACCUCGCAUGAUGUCUCCACCAAUGGCCUCAUCAACUUUAUAAAGUCGCUUUAG